AUGGAUCCAAUUUCGAUCGCCGGGUUGGUCCUGGAAGUCGGCCACAUCGUCGCCAGCCUAAUCCAGUAUACAAAAUCAGUACAGGGGGCAAAAACAGAAAUGAGAAAACUAAGCGAGGAACUAUUCGCUUUACGAGGAAUUCUCGAUCAUCUAGCAGCACAAUCAUCUUCAGAGCCCCCAGCAUAUGAGAAGAUCGAAUCUGAAACCCCAACACUCUUCAAUGAAGAAGUCAUGAACCGGGUCCUACAAGCAACGAAAGAAUUCCUCGACACUCUCAUGAAAGAUCUAGAGCCAGCCGAAACGACAUUCAAAGGCAUCAAACAGAAGCUGAAGUGGCCAUUUACUCAAGAAAAGAUCGAGGGUCACCUUACCAGAUUAGAAAGGGUGAAAUCUUGGUUGAUUCUUGUUCUGACUGCGGACCAUGCUGCGGUCGAAAAAGAUAUUCAGAGAGAAAUUGGAAGUUUGGCUCGGUCUUUGACUGAAGAUAUGAGAAUUAGAGAGCAGGAACGAGAUCAGAAAGCGAAUCGGGAGCUUUUCCAAUGGAUAGCUCCUGUUAGUCCGGCUAAUUCGCAUUUGCGGGCAAAUGAAAAAUAUCAAAUUGAGUCUGGGAAAUGGUUUAUAGGAGGACAUCUGAAGCAUUGGCUACGUUAUGGUGAUAAGAAUAUCUUCUUCGUGGUUGGAAAGUCUGGGACUGGAAAGACCACCUUGUUCGCGCAAUCUGUCGAUGAACUCGUCUCAAUGGCAUCAAAAGACAAAACGCUCAGCUUCGCAUACUUCUACUGCUCGAUGAGCAAUGCCGCUUCUCAAAUCCCACAAAAUAUUCUGGGAUCAAUAGUAGCACAGCUAUCUGGAAAGGAAGACUCAAUUCUUGACAAAAUACGAUCAGUAUACAAUGACAUUCCGAAGUCCCAAGCACACAAGCGACCGGUGGACAUCAGUGCUCUCGAAGAAGCGAUAAUCCAACAUGCAUCUGGAAAGACCCGAGUGGUGUUCUUCAUUGAUGCUAUUAACGAAGGUCAGGAUACUAGAAGAAUUGAACUCAUACUGUUGAAGCUUGCUAGACUUGCCCCGAAUAUUCGCAUUGUCGUUACUACUACUUCGACAAUUGUGUUACCUCAGGAAGUUGAGAUGUUAAACCUCGAUGCAGCUACAAUGUCAGGUGAUAUUAAAGCAUAUAUAGACUACCGGCUUCAGUCUGACGAUGCAAUGAGGGGACUGAAGCCUGAUUUUAAAAAAGAAAUCCGUACAAAGCUGCUCGAAAAUGCCGAUGGAUCAUUUCGCUGGACACAGCUUUCGAUAGAUAAUCUUUGCACACAGAGAACCGCGAGAUCAAUGCGUGAAGCGCUGCGCAAUCUUCCUGGAACUUUGCGUGAGAUGUACGCCAGCACUUUAGAGAGAGUCUCAAUGGAAGAUCGACACUUCGUGCGCGAGGCUCUGUUCUGGCUUAGCUUUGCUCAAGAUCAUCUCUUUGCAAAUGAACACCUGACACUUGAUGUUCUCAACGAAGUAGUAGUUUUAGAUGAUGAUUGCACGACAUUAGAUGAGGAUAUGAUGCUUGUUCCUGCUCAUGUUCUUCUGGAUAUUUGUCAAGGUCUGAUCACCCAAGAUCAAUCCGGCUACGUUACCCUCGCGCAUUCAUCCAUCAAAGAAUUCUUAACAUCGGACUGGAUCAAAGGAUCACACGUUAGCUACUUUAGCUUGAACCCACACACUUCAAACGCUAGAAUCACCCGAAAAUGCCUCGUUUACUUAUGUCUUGACAACUUCAAGAGCGGAUACACUUCCAGACAAGAGAUCUUCCGACGAAUCAAACAAUACAGUUGUCUGAAAUAUACAGCUUUCGUUUGGCCGAAAUACGCCGCAACUUCAAACCUUGGAGAGACCGAGAGGAAUUUGAUAAGGAAGUUCUUUGAUACUCGACAUCUUCCACGGCAAGGAAACUUCGGUGCCUGGAUGCAGACACUUUUACCUGGGAUAGAUGAGCAAAUCAUCGCGACAACCCAUCCAUUAUACUACGCUGCCUCGUUUGGAAUGGAGGCUGUCGUAAAGAUGAUUCUCGAGUUCGAUCCUGAUGUUGAUAUAAAUGCUGCAGGAGGGCGUGUUGGAGCUACAGCUGUCUUUGCCGCUAGUUAUCGGCAACAAUUCGAGACUGUGGAUUUGCUUUUGCGGGCUGGGGCAGAUCCGACUAUUCCUGACCCUGAUACAGGAUUUACUGUCUUUAGUUUGUCUAAGAUGUCGAAGUGGUCUGGAUUGAGGGAGCCUCUAUCUCGCUGGUUAUCUGAAAAGGAUACCAAGCUUCAAGACGAGUAUCCAUUGAGAUUCGGGUUGUAA